AUGACGCCAAUUCAAGGCAAGCGAAACAGAAGAAAACAAAGCUUAGAGGAGAAUCGUCUAUCGCCAGUAGAUGCCGAGAAUGCCAACGCUAUUCUGAAAAGACACUUUGAGACUGCUUUCCAGCCUCUAGCGGGUCUGAAGAGGAUAGUGUCGCCAUGCUUGGAUGACCCAAAGGAGGAGAGCCAACACGAAGAAGACUCUGAUUGGGACGGCAUUUCUGAUUCCGAGGCAGAAGUCAUCCAGCACAACACCUCACAAUUCAAGGACCAAACAAUCCCCACCGGAGAUUUGAAGACAUUUAUGUCAUUCAAACCUCCGACGUCUCACGCAUCUCUCACAAACAGCCAGCAACCGAAGAUUCUACGUCAAGCAGAGGAUGACGAAACUGACAAGGAUAACAUCAAGAAAGACCUCGCUCUACAACGACUUUUGAAAGAAUCCCAUCUUCUGGAGCAGCACAGCCCAAUUGACCAUUUCGGGAAAACACGUCACAAAGCACUUGAUCUUCGCUUGCAGGACAUGGGUUCCAAGACUUCCGUAUUCGCUCAACAGAAGAUGCCGUAUGCGCAACGAAAAGGCAUUAGCGCCAAAGCUUCAGAACGCGAGGGGAAUCGACGUCGUGAGGCUCGUGAUAAUGGGAUAGUACUGGAGAAAGAACGUCGAGUUGUCAAACGUGCAGAUAUCAGAAGAGAAAGAGGGAUUGGUGCGCCAAGCGUGGGAAGGUUUCAAGGAGGGACCUACAAGCAAGACAAAGUCGCGCAAGAGAUAACGUCGCAAGAAAAGAUCAAUGACCGUCUGGACUCUGCAGAUGACGAAUGA